AUGUCUUCUAGAGCCAUCUAUCUCAUCGCAUCUCGAAAUGCCGAAGCGCAACGAGCGCACUUUGCGAUCUUUGUUCCUGCCGCCGGGCAGACCGAUCGCGGAACCUUGAUACAAGCCGUCGGAGCACCCAUGACAGGCUACAUCCUAGAAUUCAAGCGCAACUACUCACCGCGCGAAGAUUCGACUGAGAAAUACGCUAUGAUCGAGAUCGGUCAUGUCGAGUCUGAGAACAUCGUCGAUUCUACAUCUACAGUUAAGUGUAGCGACGGGGUCCCGAAAGGCAACCUCGAGAUUGCGGCUUCUCAGAUACCCACUCCCGGGAUCAGUGAUAACUUUUUAGCACCCGUUAAUGACAUGACGAAUAAACGGUGCCAGGAAUGGACGAUGGAGUAUAUCCGACACCUCGUCAGUAAACACCUUAUCGAAGCUGAAGCCAUCCGAACGGUUCAGUCAAGGCGCGACUCUCCGACCCACGGCAUUCGGUUACAGCCCACUAUUCCACGUUGA